AUGACGAGCCGCAAAGCAGUUGAGAAAAACCAAACAACAAUGGCGGACAGCACGUUGCCGCUGCAAUACGAAGCCGUGUUCAUCUUGGCAAACGAGGGUCUCGAUUCCUACUGCGAAUAUGUUGAAUCGAACGAAAUUACUUUCUUCCUCAACGACGAGGAGGAGAGAUACUUUCAGGACCAGGGUCGCAUCUCGUCCAGCGAAAGGAAAGAAUUUAUCUUAAAGACCAGCCGCUUGGUCAACAAGAAACCUGGGCCUGCAAGUAGCAGUGGUGGCGAAGAUCAAGGAAGCGGAGACAAUAGUGACAAUGUCGAUGCUUCUUCAACAACCACCACCACAGAGGAUAAGACGGAUAACAUCAGCAAGGAAGAUGCAUUGGACUCUACUGAUGCCAGCAAUGUGGUCGGGAUGGACAUGUCUGGAGAUUACACCUUGUUCACUAAGCAACCUGUCUAUGUGUUAUUCCAACCGCCUCUUUAUGAUGGCCUGCCCCACAUUCAGGAUUUAAUUUGCGAAAGCAUCCUUAAUGCUCGAUCUAAUAUUCGGAUCUCAAUGUUCGUCUUCACGGACGUUUUUAUUUACAACUCCCUGUGUCAGGCGACCACUACGGGGGCUGUUACAAUUGACAUACUGCUUGAUGCUACACAGGUGGAACAGUUUCUGAAGAUGCUCGGCAAGAAUUGCUUGAAUGUUCCUGAUGGCUUGAAUAUCUGCCUGAACAGUGGCACUGGCCCUUAUCAAAGAAACACUGGUGCCACAAUGGGUUUAGCACAUGAAAAAUUCCUUAUCUGUGAUGAGGACAAGGCUAUCUUUGGCUCCUACAACUAUACAUGGUCAGCUGCAAACAUCAACCGGGAAAAUGUGGUGGUCGUCUCUGGCAAGCAACAUCCCAUCAUCAGAUCUCUGCUGCAACAGUUCAACAAAAUGCAAGAAACCUGCAUUCUUUUUGAAACGGACUAA